AUGAGCAUAGCUAGGCCAGAAGAUUUGUUUAUUUGUGGUAAAUGUCAUACGAAUUUUACUGAUUUAAACAUUUUUCUCGCGCAUCGAUCGACUUGUGUCGAUGAACAACCGACGAUUUUAUGUCCUAUUAGUAGUUGUCCAUUGACAGCACUUCUAUCUGCCGACUUAGAAACACUUGUUGAUGAUAUUACAUCGGAUUUGCCUUUGACAUCUGUGGAACAAAUGACUACUAUCAAUGAAACAAUAGAUACGAGUGUUUCGGCUUCAAUGAGUCGUUCAUCAAAUGAAGAUUCAAAAUCGGAAGUGACCUUCGACUGUCCAGUGUGUGAUAGACAAUUUGAGUUACAAACUGCUUUAGAAAAUCAUAUUUUCGAACAUUCGAUUUGGAUUCGUAACGAUGAAAAUACCAACGUGUCAUUUAUGUAUAACAACGUUAUCAACGAACCACUUGGAUGUAAGCAAUGUUCACUUACAUUUGCUUCAAAUACUUCAUUGCACAUUCAUGAAAAAAUAUUUCAUGGUCUCAAUUUGGUAUUUCGUUGUUUGAAUGAAACUUGUUCUGAACUAUUUGAUAAACCUAUUGAUUACAUUCAUCAUGCACAAAUUCAUAGUCAACGAUGGCUUGCUAAUGCUGAUCAUUCAUCUCAGAAGGACGGCGAUCGUCGUCUCAGACGUAUACAUCGAUGUAAAAUAUGCAAGAAAUUAUUUCCAACGUCGGAUCAAUUAAAAUAUCAUCUGCAAUAUGAAAAGCACCAAUUCUUCUGCCAGUUAUGUCCAGCUGAAUUUGAAACAAGUAACUCUUAUCAUAAUCAUUUAGCUGAACAUUCCGAUUUAGCACUUCAUCGUUGUACACGAUGCAGCAAGUCGUUUUUUAAGCGAACUGAGCUAUCCAGACAUAUGGUUGUCGAACAUAACAGCGAGAUAUCUCAGCAAACAAUUUGUUCAAUUUGCAACUUGACAUUUUCAACGCGUUUUCAUUUGAAUCGACAUAAUGCAACGAAACAUUCGGAUAUCAAACCAUUCAAAUGUAAAGAAAAUGGUUGUGAGCAAGCAUUUGCUCGCAAAGAUAAAUUAAAACAACAUGAAGCCAAACACAGUGCAAAAGGUGGAAUGUAUAUAUGUGAAGAUUGUAAUAAAGUAUUUGUUCGAUAUGAACAUUUACGAGAUCAUUCUAUUGCAAAACAUUCACAUCAGUAUCCAUUUAGUUGUGAACACUGUGGGAAGAGUUUUAUUCAUCAAAGUCAAUUGUAUGAACAUUAUAAACAGAAUCAUUCGCAUGGAAAGCAAACGACAAAUGAACAGUUGACAUUGAAUCGAUCACAAUCUAAGUCUAUCGGUCCGAAGCGUUUUUCGAUCAUUUCAAUUUAA